AUGAGCGUAAAAGACGAUAUUCCUGCGAUUUUCUUGGACAAAAUCAGUCCUAAAGGACUUGAAACUAUUCAGAAAUGUAAAGAGUUCGUUGAAGAUUACUGUUUACCAGCAGAUAAGUUAUACUUAGGGCAAAUGGGGGAAGGUGCAGCUAGAUGGGAAAAGACUCCAGAAAUUACUGAAAAGUUAAAGGCCAAAGCUAAAGAGUUAGGAUUAUGGAACAUGUUCUUGUCAAAACAUUAUACCGAAGGUCCAGGAUUCACCAAUUUGGAAUAUGGUUUGAUGGCAGAGUACCUUGGUAGAUCUUUUGUUGCUCCUGAAGCUACCAAUACCCAAGCUCCUGACACUGGUAACAUGGAAAUCUUGGCCAAAUACGGUAACCCUUACCAUAAAGAAAGAUGGUUGAAACCAUUGUUGGAUGGGAAAAUAAGAUCAGCUUUCUUGAUGACAGAAAAGGGAACCUCCUCGUCCAAUGCUUUGAAUAUUAGUUGUACUGCUACUGAAAAUGUUGAAGGAAAUUAUGUUUUGAAUGGGGUAAAAUGGUUCGCUUCUGGAGCUGGAGAUCCAAGAUGUGAUGUUUGGUUGGUGAUGUGUAAGACCGAUGACAACAAUAAGGCUAUCUAUAGAAAUCAUAGUGUUUUGGUUUUAGAUGCUAAAAAGGCUUUGGCUUCAGGAAAAGCCAAAUUGAUAAGACCUUUAACUGUCUUCGGUUUCGACGAUGCUCCUCAUGGGCACAUGGAAGUUCAGUUCAACGGGUAUGAAAUCCCUAAAGAGGACAUGCCUAAUGCUAUAUUGGCAGCUGAAGGAAGAGGUUUUGAGAUUAUCCAAUCGAGAUUAGGACCAGGAAGAAUCCAUCAUUGUAUGAGAUUAAUUGGAGCUGGUGAAUUUGCAUUAUUAAGAACUAUUCAAAGAUCUAAUGAAAGAAUCAUCUUUAACAAACCAAUGAAUAAAAGAGAGACGUUCAUUAACAGUUUGGCUCAGCAUAAGAUUGAUAUUCAAAAAUGUAGAUUGUUGGUUUUGAAUGCUGCCCACAAAAUCGACAUUUCCAACGCUAAGUCAGCCAUGAGAGAUAUUGCAAUAGCUAAGAUCGAAACUCCCAGAACUAUUAUUAGAAUUAUCGACUGGUGUAUUCAAAUGUUUGGAGCUCAAGGGGUUUCUCAAGAUACCGAAUUGGCCAGAAUGUAUGCCCAUGCCAGAACCCUUAGAAUUGCCGAUGGUCCAGAUGAAGCUCAUUUGAAUCAAUUGGGACGUGGUGAAUCCAAGAAAUUUCCCUUAGUUGAUAAAUUUUUUGAACGUCAACAACAAAGAUUUGUCGAAGUCUCCAAGUUAUAA